AUGCCUCUCACAACACCAUCCGUGUUUCCGCCCGAGUCGGCAGUCUUCCAAAAGUUUGCCAGCAGGCGAAGUGUCGUCCACAGUACAAAGGGCAUUGUCGCAUGCACACAGCCCCUUGCGGCAAAGUGCGGCAUCGACGUGCUGAAUGCCGGAGGAAACUGCGCUGAUGCUGCUGUGGCAGUCGCCGCUGGCCUGAACAUGACCGAGCCCUGCUCGACAGGUAUCGGAGGUGACGCAUUCUGCCUCUUCUACGACGCCAAGACCAAGAAGAUCUCGGCCAUGAACGCCUCGGGCCGCUCCGGUGCCAACUGCACCCUCGAGACCAUCCGCAAGUCGCUCAACAUUGCCGACGGCGAGCACGGCAAGAUCCCCAUGGACAGCGUCCAGGCGGUGUCUGUUCCCGGGGCCCCGGCUGGCUGGGUCGACGCCGUAGAGCGGUUCGGAAGCGGCAAGUUGUCAAUGGAGCAGAUCCUCGGUCCCGCCAUUGAGCUUGGCGAGAAGGGCUUCCCGGUCAGCGAAGGCGUGGCGUACUUCUGGAACCGAUCUGAGAAGUUGAUCAGACGUGCCUCUCCCAACUUUCGCGAGAUGCUCAAGAAGGACGCUUCCGCGCCCGAUGGCGUCCGGGCGCCGCGUGCCGGUGAGAUUAUGAAGAACCCGACCUUGGCCAAGACGUUCCGCACGCUGGCAACGGAGGGCAAGAAGGGUUUCUACACGGGACGCAUCGCUGAGGAGCUCAUCAAGGUUGUCAAGGACCUUGGCGGCCAUCUCGAGCUAGAUGACCUGAAGCACCAUAUGGAGAAGGGCAGCGAGCCAGUCGAGCCGAUCUCGCUCAAGUUCCGUGGUCAAAACGUCGCCAAGGUCUUGAAAGAGUCUGUCCAAGGUGGUGCAAAGAGCGACUCUGACCUGGGACUUGAGCUGUGGGAGCACCCACCCAAUGGUCAGGGCAUCGUGGCGCUCAUGGCCCUUGGAAUCAUCCAGGAACUCGAGGAGGCUGGCAAGAUUCCUACCUUCACAGCCGAAGACUUCAACUCGGCGCCUUACUUGCAUGCCAUCAUCGAGGCGUUGCGGAUCUCCUUUGCCGACGCCAGCUGGUGGGUGACGGAUCCGAACGAGGUCCAAGUGCCCACCAAGUCCCUCAUCUCCAAAGAGUAUCUCGCGGAGCGAGCCAAACUCUUCGACCCCAAGGCGGCAUGUGAGGUCGUCGAUCACGGCUCUCCGGCCAUGCAGUCCAGCGACACAGUGUACUUUGCCUGCUCCGACUCGGAGGGCAAUGCGAUCUCCUUCAUCAACUCCAACUAUGGAGGCUUCGGAACCUGCAUCAUCCCCAGUGGCUGCGGCUUUACACUGCAAAACCGCGCGGCAAACUUCUCGCUUGACGCUGGCCACCCCAACGUUCUCGCCCCUCGUAAGCGGCCGUACCACACCAUCAUUCCGGCCGCCGUGACCAACCUCCACGACGGUAGCCUGCAUAGCGUGUACGGCGUGAUGGGCGGGUUCAUGCAGCCCCAGGGUCACGUCCAGGUCCUUCUCGGUCAGAUUGUCGCGGGGCUGAACCCACAGCAGGCCAUGGAUGCUCCCCGAGUGUGUAUUGGAGCGGGCAUGCCGGAGAAUGGCAAAGUCCUGGAUCCCACAGUGUUCUGCGAGGAGGGUCUGCCCGAGAGCACGGUCGAGGGCCUGAAGAAACUCGGCCACAAGGUUGAAGUCGUCAAGGAUAUGGGCCGCGCCUUGUUUGGGAGGGGCCAGAUCAUCCGGUGGGCGGUCGAUCCGCUGGAGGACGGAGCCGGAGUGUGGAGCGCUGGUAGUGAUCCUCGUGGUGACGGUGCGGCUUAUCCUGCGUAA